AUGUCUUCCGAUAAUGAUUCAAAAUUAAAAGAAAAAGAUGCGAUCACACAAUAUAACCUUGCCCUUUCAUACGAGAAGGAAAAGGAUUUUAAAAAGGCAUUUAAUUGUUAUCUUAAAUCGGCCGAAUAUGGAUAUAAAAACGCACAAUAUAAACUUGCGAUAUUAUAUGAGAAAGGUGAAGGAACCCAAAUGAACAUGGCAGCCGCAAGAAAGGAUGGCGAUGCAGAAAAUGUUGGGAUAAGCGAUUUGGAUAAAGUUAAUUGUUGGUAUCAUGAAGCUGCAAACGAUGAUAAUAAGGUUGCACUGUAUCAUUUGGGAGAAUUUUAUGAACUUGGAAAAGGAGUUGAUAAAAAUUUAACUAGAGCACUUGAAUUUUAUAAGGCAUCAGCUAAUAAAGGAUAUUUAGACGCUCAAUAUAAAAUGGGAUAUUUUUAUGAUCAUGGAAUCGUUAGCUUUAGACAAUGGUCGCCAGGAGAUCAUAAAGAAGUUAAUGACGUAAUUUCGCAAGAUUUUUACGAGCUUGGAGUUGGAAUCUUUCACAAGCGAAAGAUUGCAAGGCUUAUUAAAAUUUGGGAGGAAACCAUCGUUGAGGCCGAGCUGGAUGCGUUAUUAAUUUUAGGGGCGGGUUCAUUUGGGUGA